AUGUUCUUCUGCUCCAUCUCUGGCGAGCCCCCCCAGGAUCCUGUUGUUUCCCAGAAGUCCGGCCACGUCUACGAACGUAGGCUCAUCCUCAAAUACAUCACUGAGAAUGGCACCGACCCCAUAACUGGUGAAAAACUCGAGGAGUCCGACCUCAUUACCGUGAAAGCAAACCCGAAGGCAGCUCCGCCUCGCCCGCCAACCGCUACCUCUAUUCCUGCACUCCUCCACACGCUACAAAACGAGUGGGACGCUGUCAUGCUCGAGACGUUUACUCUCAAACAGCAAUACAACUCCCUACGCCAGGAGUUGAGCUACGCGUUGUACGCACAGGACGCUGCUACACGCGUCGUAGCGCGUCUUAUUAGGGAACGCGACGCUGCCCGGGAAGCGCUUGCAAGUGUCUCCGCCACCAUGGGCGUCGCGCCAUCUACAAAUGGCGGUGAUGUCGAGAUGACAGAAGGGGGCCAGGAAGCCAGUGCUCUUCCAGAGGAUGUGCUCAGUCGGAUCGAUGAGACGAACGAGAAGCUUUCGGCAGCGCGAAAGAAGCGCAAGGCACCUGCAGGUUACGCUACUCCUGCGGACGUCAAGACCUUCACCGCGAAACACACCAUUCCGUCUCUACACUCGCCCUCUCCCGCGGGCAUCACGGCUCUUGCGGUCUCGCAAGCAAACCCCUCGCAGUUCCUCACUGGUGGCAACGACAAGGUUGUUCAGCUCUACGACCGUAGCACCGACAAGGUACUUGCUUUGCUCAAGGGCCACACAAAAAAGGUUACACACGUCGCCUUCCGCGAGCAAUCCGGCGAACCUACUCUACUGUUGUCUGCAAGCGCCGACAAGAAUGCGAAGAUUUGGGCGCACGACGAAGCUUCGGGCGAAUACAUCCCCCGCGCGACCAUACGCACACACAAAGGCGAGCUCACCGGCCUCGCUGUGCAUCCAACCUCGACGCUUGUGGCACUCUCGUCGGCAGACCGCACCUACUCGCUGCACGACCUCACGAGCGGUAACGCAGUAUACCGUUCACCAGCCGCAGAUGAGCCAUUUGCGUCGCUUUCAGUGCAUCCUGAUGGCACGCUUCUUGCACUUGGAACGCCUGCGUCGACAAUCCAGAUCUACGACGUGCGCUCCGGCGCGGUCGUGGCGGCGCUCACACCCCCCGACAGCGUUCCGUUCACAGUGAACACUCUCAGCUUCUCCGAGAACGGAUACCACCUCCUCGCGCCAGAUUCAUUGUCGUCGCUAGCCGUGUGGGACCUGCGCAAGCCGAAGAUUAUGCACUCGAUCGCGCUUGGUGAGGGCUUCAAGGUCAAUAAGGUCGCGUACGAUUACAGCGCGUUGCUGCUCGGUGUGGCAGGAAGCGAGGGCGCGCGAGUGUAUGCACAUAAAACGUGGGAAGAGUUGGUUCGGUUCGAGGAGGGUGGUGAGGUGGCAGAUAUUGUGUUUGGACAGGAGAGCAAGGAGAUCUGGGGCGCGAGUGGACGGGAGGUUCGGAUUUGGGGUUUACCUGCGUGA